AUGUCCACCAUGACCAGCCUCGAGAGGAGUCUAUCCUGCACCUCCAGUACCGCCCUCUCCAUGUCUCCUCGCCUCUCUGCCCGAGAAACUACACCGCCCGGCUCAGAGCUCUCUUUCGCCCAUCUCCAUGACCGUGUGAACCAACUGGACACGCGGGUCCUCGAACUUCGGUCCAAUCUUAUGACUAAGGAGAACUAUGUCGACCGCCGGAAUCGCGAGGAUGAACAUCUACGACGGGAAUUUGCCCAUCAAAACGCCAUCUCGAAUCGCAUCGACUUGAACGUUAUCGCUCUCCGCACAGAUGUCGACCAGAUUCGCAGUAGCAUUUUGCAUCUCAAGACGACUGUCGGUCAGUCGUCUAUGGAGACUACUUACACGCGGAGUGAUGUCGACCGUCUUCAGAAGAGCGUGGAUCAGCUUCAAUCCGAUGUCGCGCAAAUCAGGUCGGAUUCUUGUGCCGCGCGUAUCGAUAUCGGCAAACUACAAACCGCUACCAACCAGCUUCGUUCCGAAUUCUCCAAUCUCUCCCGAAUUUUUAUAUCUUUCGACACUCGUAUGGAUGUUGUGGAGUCUCGCCUGGAUUCUAUGGAAUCUUCUAUGGAAUCUAUGAAUUCUCGCAUGGAUUCUGUGAAUUCUCGUAUGGAUUCUAUGGAUUCUCGCAUGGUCUCUAUGGAUUCUCGUAUGGAAACUAUGAAUUCUCGCAUGGCUAACAUGGAUGCUCGCAUGGAACUUGAGAAUCGGAUUCGCUUCAACUCUCUCACGCACACAGUCCAUGCCAAUUUAAAGCCCGUCCCUGUCCUCUUGGAAGAUGGUUCUCUGGAACUACCCAAGUAUUUCCCUCGCACCAUUUGGCGAUUCUGGUGCCUCAAGAAGCGAAGCAGAGUUCAUCGCUUGGCUGAACUCUGCGAGUUCUACCAACUUCAAGGCUACCAGGACUGGAGGCACAUGCAAUCUGCGGCGGAGAUGUUUGCCAAUGAGAGUGAUUCAAGUGACGCCAGCGAUAGUGGCUACCCUAUCACCCUCAAUUCAGCCGUUUACAGGUAUCCGGAGGCAGCUCACCAAGCCUUAGCAGCAACCCUGGGUCUUGUGUACUCUAAGAUCCGCAAGGAAGUUCGCAAGGAGAUGGGUGAAGGUCUAAUUGCUCCUCGUCCUCCCAAACGUCAACAAGAGGAGGUCGCCUCAACAGGCACCAGUACUAAGUCCAAACCUGUGAAAAUGCCUCGUCGGCCCAGCGUUUCCGAUUCUUUCAUGCAACGUCUGACGUCGGGGGUUGACCAGCCAUAUGCCGAAACGGCAUCCUCUGGUUCUGGACCAUCCCAGAUACUGGGCUGGAAAGCUUUCUCCGAUGUGUCAGAAGAUGUUAAAGGCAAGCUACGGUCAAUCGACCCCGACGACCUUGGCGCUGUACUCCGUGCUUUGGAGCAAGGGCGAUUGAAGUUGAAGCCCAGUCGAUCUGAGAGGAUGAACAUGUCACCUACUGAGUCGAAGUUCAGCAGCAACCCCUUUCGAAAGGCGGCUGAGCCGGCUCACGAAGAGGUGCCUACUGAGCCGCACACCGUACCCGCCACUGUUCCUAACCCUGUACCUACCCAUGUACCUACCUCGGCACAGAACACUGUUCCCACUGAAGUUGCCACGGUCUCUUCGCAGGGCAGCAGAGCCCGGCGGGCCUUCAUUGACGCGCCAGCAACUGUUUCGGAUUCCGAAAGUUCAUCGUCAUCGUCAUCGUGA